CGGCAUCGCAUCAGCAGAGUUUAAACAGACAGAAAUACAGUACUCCGCUGCUUUAUUGCAGUCGUUAGUUCUGUCCAAAAUGACAUAUUUUCUUCAUCGACGAAUUGGAUUACAUGAUUUUCCCGAAAACAGAUGGGAUUGACUCCAGCACACCCCGACACUGAUGCGUAGGUUUGGCUAAAGGUAGUUGAAUUUGAGAGAAGAGGGGUCAGAUUUGGGGCUCCUAAAUUGAACCAAUGGGGCCUCACAAGAGGAAAGGAGAGAUCUGCAGCUCAGACCGAGGCCGCAGGAAACAGGAUGAACCCUGGGUGGACAGAUACAUGCCAUGCUCAAAGGUUGAUUUAGCUGUUCACAAGAAGAAGGUAGAAGAAGUGGAGAAUUGGCUGAAAGUCCAUACAGACGGAUCACAGGGUGGGCUAUUGCUGCUAACAGGACCAUCGGGGUGUGGAAAGACUGCUACAAUCCAGGUUUUGUCUCUGGAACUGGGCCUAAGAAUUCAAGAGUGGACCAACCCACCGAAACUGGACUCGUACACCAACAGUCAGCAAGACAGGACAACAAACAGUUUAUCCAGUACCUCACAGUCAGCCCAAUUCCAAGAAUUUCUUCUAAGGGCCAACAAGUACAACUGCCUAAAGAUGGUGGGAGAUGCAAGAUCUACAGGCAUGAACCUUAUAUUGGUUGAGGAAUUCCCAAACCAGUUUUACCGCAAUCCUAGUGGUCUCCAUGAUAUUCUGAGGUGCUUUGUGAAGACCAGUCGAUGUCCCCUGGUGUUCAUUGUGUCCAACAGCCCAAGUGCAGACAACAGCUCAAGAUUCCUUUUUCCCAGAGAACUCAUGGAGGAGCUGCACAUCAGUAACAUCAGUUUUAAUCCAGUGGCUCCAACUACUAUGAUGAAGGUUCUGACUCGUAUUUUCACCACUGAGAAUGGAAAGAGCAUUGGAAAGGUCAUUGUCCCAGAUCAGACAGUGUUGGAGAUGGUGUGCUCAGGAAGUUCAGGAGACAUUCGCAGUGCGAUUAACAACCUACAAUUUGCCUCCAUUCCAGACUAUCCACAGCAAAAGGAGGUGUUGAGAGGAAACCGUCCUUUGAAAUCAAAGGUUAAGGCUGUAUCCAGAUCAACUUUAAGCAAGAAAUCCAAGCCAAAAAAUGGACAAGAAGGGCAGCCACCUGUUGGAAUGAAAGAUACAUGUUUGUUCCUAUUUAGAGCACUGGGAAAGAUACUGCAUUGUAAAAGGGGGACUCCUGAAUGUGUUCAAGAAGCUGAAUGCGCCUUUGCACUUCAGUUACCAUCACACCUUUCGCAACACCAUCGAGAGUCAUUACAAGUGGACCCUGAGUGGGUUAUAGAACAUUCGUAUGUGUCCGGGGAGUUCUUCAACCUGUACCUGCACCAGAAUUACCUGGACUUCUUCUCUGAGAUGGAAGACGUUGAGAAAGCGAGCGAGUAUAUGUCAGACGCUGACCUCCUCACAUCUGAUUGGAUGAGUAGUAAUACCAUGAGGGAAUAUGCAUCUUCGGUGGCCACCAGAGGGCUUCUUCACUCCAACUCUCAACAAGUAGCUGUUGGCUUCAGACCACUGCACAAACCCAACUGGUUGCUGGUCAGUAAGAAGCAUCGGGAAAACUGCUUGGCUGCUCAGUUCCUGUUUCGCCAUUUCUGUAUGACACCUGUCAGCCUCCAGACGGAGUUGCUACCAUAUCUGACUAAAUUCACCAACCCCUUAAAGAACCAAGAGUUUCACCUGAUGCUGAUGCCAGACCUCCAUCAGGCCAUCGGCCUGGACGAUGACCUGAUGACUGGAGACCUGGGUGAUGGAAUGACAGUCAGGACAACAUCCCUCUCAACCAGGAAAAAGAGCCAAAGCUCCACCAAACUUCGAGGGCGCAUAGCACCUGAUGGAGAUGUGCACAUACGAAGUCAUGCGAGGGAAGCAGUCUGUAUACCCAGAUUAAUGACUGAAGGUUGGGAGAAAAUGUCCACCUGGAAGAUGCCACUCAUUGGUAAUGCUGGCUCCUUUGCUGACAUGCCCAAAGAAGAGUUACGUGACAAACUACUGGAGUCUAUUGAGGUAAUCGAUGUAUUAAUAUGUGAGCUGGAGGUGGCACAUCGUUACCUAGAAGGCAAAUUUGAAGCAUUGAAGAUCCUACAGGGAAAGGCCAUCCUUGAGCAAGCCACAAGUCACACGAAAAGCCUGCUGCAGAAAAGUGAAGAGCGCGCCAAAGCUCUGGAGAAGGAAGUGAACAGCUUGCAGUGGGAGCUUAGUUUGAACAAAUUGCAGAUGAAGACGUCUGAGCAGUUAUGGGAGCAGAGAUACAGCAGAAUCUUGACUGAGAACAAGAUGCUGACACAGAAACUUGAAGAGAGAGAAAAAGAACCACUGUGCCUCCAAGCAGAAAAUUCAGUGCUUCGUCGACAAUGUUUGGAGUUGUUUUCCAUGCUGAAUACAAAGGAGCAGAGAACUCAUUCGCAAUGCAGAGAUGCAGGUGUACUGGAGCUCAGAGCAGCGGAGACUAAUUUCCUGAGCCCCCACAAAAGGACAAAAUGGGUUGUGGAUCCAGCUGGAGGAUCACUCCCAUUACUCCUGUUGGCAGGGCAAGGAAAGUGCAGGUCAUGCAGGGAGCAGAUGGCUGAUUUUCGCUGGCAUCGUGCUGACCGGGACAAUCCUACAUCUCAGUGGAUGAACUCAAAACAUUUUUGGAACUGACUUUUAUCAUUGGCUUUGUUCAAAAAAGAAAUAUCACCAUGUCGCGGUGUGUUCUACAAUAUGGUGUGUGUGCAUCCUGUCGUGUGCCCUUGAAAGCCCCUGGGGUGAAAUUUCUCACAUUCACACACGCAUGCACAUUCUCACAUUUGAAUACACACCACUGUAUGCACACGAUGCUCAUCGAUUUUUGGUAAAUUUAAAAAAUGUAAAUUGGUACUCGAAAGAACAUUUUUUCCGCAAUCAUUCAAUGGCUUUUUCAUUUGUUUUCUGAAAAAUACUCAUGUUUGAGUUGUCAUAAAAGCGAAAAAAAAUUAUUUUGACAAAACAAAUGUUUUGCCUAUGUUCUACUGCAGAUGACUAAAGAAAUUUUUUGUGUGGUGAAAAAAAAGUCUUCUUGGCUUUGUUUUGGUAGGUUCCAUGUUUAUAUAGCCAUAGACAGGAUUGAGACAAUUACCUUUAAAAUGUAUGACUGUACUUUUGGAUUAAUCCAAUUCCAAAUAUGCUAAUGAAGACAACAUCUAAAUAAACAACAAACAAACAUUCAUUCAUCCUUUCAUUCAUCUUCCGAGCCGCUUGAUCCUCACUAGGGUCGCGGGGGGUGCUGGAGCCUAUCCCAGCUGUCUUCGGGCAGUAGGCGGGGGACACCCUGAAUUGGUUGCCAGCCAAUCACAGGGCACACAAAGACGAACAACCAUUCACACUCACACUCACACCUAGGGACAAUUUAGAGUGUUCAAUCAGCCUGCCACACAUGUUUUUGGAAUGUGGGAGGAAACCGGAGCACCUGGGGAAAACCCACGCAGGCCCGGGGAGAACAUGCAAACUCCACACAGGGAGGCCGGAGCUGGAAUCGAACCCGGUACCUCUGCACUGUGAAGCCCACGUGCUAACCACUGGACUACCGGGCCGCCCACUACAAUAUAUAUUUGCGUGCAGUGGACCCCACUAUUUGCGGUAUAUAGAGACAGGGUCUGGCAAAUAGAUAGGUAGUCAAUUGAUCAGUGAUUCUCAACCAGUGCUGAGGUAUAUUUAGUGUAAGAGCACUUGUGUGCCACAAGAAAUUAUCACAUUUUACUUAAUUGGCCCAAGAAUGUUUUUUUUUUAAUUAAAUCAUAAAUCAUAUUUUUGUUCAUCUAUUUAUCUCUAUCAGUGUUUUAUAGAGGCUGACAGAAAAUGAAAAAAUCUUUUGUAUUAGAUAGCAGAAAGUAUAUAAUUGACUUUUUGUGACAUUUUUGUUUGGUUGAUUUUUUCCAGCCCCCGAACUUAAAAUGUGUACCUUUACUCAAUUAAGAUGGGAAAUCACUAAGAUAGAUGUAGAGUGUGCCAAUCUACCUCCUGAGAGGUGCAGGGUUUGAUUGCCUCAAAAUGAAUUUUUGUCGAGGCCUGUAUUUUGGUUUUUUUAAAUAAUUUGGUUGAACCACAAUUCAUAAGUAGUGACUGUCAUGGGUUAAUGUUUGAAAACAUGUAUUUUUCUUUUUAUUACUCAUAGUAGUAGUAGCAGCAGCCACAACUCGAGAACAACCUCCCAGGAGUGUUGGGUGUGCCAGAAGGCUACGAACAGUUCUCAACUAACAACUUGGGUUUUUUAACUACCCGGGACGUUAUGGCUCCAACAUCCUGGGUGCCUACCAAAGCAGCCAAUUUCCAUUCGCUGCUCUAUCUACCAAGCCUUCGCAUCAUUAGAGAUGGAGACGUAGAAUCCAAGCUGGGACCCGAGAUACAAUGUGCAGAAUGCAAGAUGGUGUCACAGAAAGGGGGAUUGAAAUGUUAAGCUUGCGAAAAUGUGUACGAGCGUCAAGAGCGGAGAUUGAGAGGAUGAAGAAGGUGGAUUUGAGUGUCACCUUUGCUACAACGCCGUGGUGAAUGAACAUUGUUACAAAUGUGAUGAUAUUAUCCAUAUGACUCAUGCAAAAACAUUGUGCCAAGAAUGUGGAAAUGUCUGGCUAGUUCAUGUGAGCUUUUUAUUUUUUGCAUGUUGUUGCCGCAGACACUCUCUUUCAAAUACAAACAUGUCUUGUACAAAGCAUUCUCCGUCGCCUCUCCGUUCAUAGUCAAGAGCGAUAGGAACUUUUGCCUGCCAGUUCUCAUCUCAGGCCGUGGUUAAUACCCGAGGUAAUCCAUAGCAACUCUGGUUUAUAUGUGGGUCCCGCCAUGUGCAAAGAGCCUCCUGGACUUCUUCAUUGUCAGUUGAUUGAAUAGGGAUUAUUUCAUCAUUUGGGACCGGAAUAUUCCUCCAUAUGGGAACACAAAGCGAUGUUUGUGGAGCAAGUGACGCAAUAGAUAGCACGUCAGACUGCAAAACAACAGGUGAUGGAUUCGACUCCUGGCUAGCUUGUGUGAUUAAAAAAUAUAUAUUUUUUGCACGUAGUGUUGCGUCCAUUGGCCGCAGCAUAGCCUAGAGCAGUGUUUUUAAAACUUUUUUUGAGCCAAGGCACACUCCUUUCAUUGAAAAAAAAUCUCGCGGCACACCACUAGCUGAAAAUGUGAAACCCACCCCCGCUUAUUUUAACAAUUAACGUGUUAUAUUGUUGCUAUAACCGUUUUUAACAUUGAAGAAUGAUUUUAUAACGGCUUGAAUUGGAAUCAAAUGAACACAAAGAAAACUAUUUUUUCAUCUUUCAUAUUUAUUGUUAUGCCGUCGUCCUGCAUUCAUGCGUCACAAAUUUGCUUGUCUCUUGUCAAAACACAAGGCAAUUGGCUAGCUGUUGCUACUCCCUAGCGGUAUGGGAGGGUACUUCAUGAUUACUUUCUGGGCGAAAGACCGCACAGGCAUACAAAUUGGAUAUUUUCCCGCGGCCACCUGACAAUUGGGCCGUUCACACGGCACACAUUUGCUCCGGCGCUGCACCGAUGUAUUUUGUUGCGAUAUAUUUUGCACCGCAGCAAAUUGUGUGGAGCGUUCACACGUACAAAGCCGCUGAGCGUGAUAGCACCGACACAGCGUCGGUGCAGCCCCACUUGCGUUCACACGGCAG